AUGGAAGACGCUCCCACUGUAGCAGUCAUAGGACUAGGACCGGCUGGCCUCGUAGCAUUGAAGAACCUGCGAGAAGAAGGAUUCCACGCCACGGGUUUCGACCGCAACGACCACGUCGGCGGAUUAUGGCAGUACUCGGAGAAAGAGCAAACAUCGGUAAUGCAAACCACAACCGUAAACGUCUCAAAAGAGCGAUCGUGUUACACUGAUUUCCCUUACCCGGACGACGUACCGUCACAUCCAGCGGCUACGCAGGUUCAGCAAUACUUGACAGACUAUUCGAAGCAUUUCGGAUUAGAACCGUAUAUGCGGCUUAGUACUGCCAUCGAGCAAAUCACGUUCGAUGACGAGCGGGAGAAAUGGGUUGUAGAUGUGAAAGGUGGCGUGAAGGAGUACUUUGAUAAAGUUGUUGUAGCGAUUGGGGGUAUGGUUGGUAAGGCCAGUCUGCCAGUCAUAGAAGGCGUGGAAAAGUUUGCUGGACCUAGUGUGCACUCGCAAGCUUUCAAGCGGCCGGCAGACUACAAGGGGAAGAGAGUCAUGGUUGUAGGGUUCAGCAACAGUGCGGCGGAUACAUCUACUCAGCUGUUCCCGCGGCGCAUAAAGGGUGUCCCGAUAGACCACACGCACAACCUACGUCUCGCCACCUUCCAAAGUCUCGUCAUAACAUACUUCCCUCGCCUCGGCGAGUUCCUCUUCGAUAAAUUCCUCAAGAAACUGCAAGACCAGAGUUUCAACAUCCGCCCUGAAUGGCGCUUCGAGCCCGCAAGUAAGGUACCAGUGGUAUCUGAUACGUUAGUCCCCUGCCUCGAGGACGGCAGCAUCACAUCAGUCGCAGGCAUCAAACGCAUUGUGAAUGCUACUGAGGUAGAGUUGCAAGACGGGACAAAAGUUGACGUGGACGCAAUAAUCUGGUGUACGGGCUACAAGUCCGACUUCAGCAUGAUCGAGCCGCGUUUCAAUCCUGAAUGUCGGCCUCAAGCGUGGCUCGACGCGCCGGGCUCGAAUGGGAAGUCGCUCUUCCGUCUCUACAAGAACGUGUUUUCACUCGAGAAGCCGGAUAGUCUGGCGUUCAUGGCUACUGUACACAUAACGAUUAGUGGGUUUAAGAUUUUCGCCCAGGUCUGGGCGGGCAAAUCCUCUCUACCCUCACUUCCGGAUAUGAAGCUCGCUGUGGAUAAACACCACGUGUGGUUAGCAGAGACGGCAAAGCGUGUUUACAACUUGUCGCCAGGGCAAUGUGAGACAGGUGAUUGGGUCGCGGCCAUGGACAAUCUUGCCGGUACCGGUGUCAACGAGUACCUGGGAUACGGGUGGAAAGGCUGGCUGUUUUGGCUUCAGAACAGGAAGUUUUGCAACCUGCUGAUGGGCGGGAUAUGGAGUCCGCACAUACAUCGCGUGUUCAGCACAGGCAAGAGGAAGUGCUGGGAUGGCGCUAGGGAGGCGAUUGAGAGAGUAAAUGAGAGUGUUGCUAAGAUGAGGAAAGAAGAAAAGAAGAAGAGUGGUUGA